AUGUUGAAGAUCUCCGUGGCUGCUAAAGGGUCCGAGCAUCCAAGAAAGUCAGGAUUGAUAAAUGCAAAUACAGGGGAACCUAUCAUGUAUCUGGAAGAAGAUGAUGAGAUAGCCCGGAAAAUCCAUGAGAGAAUUGACUGGUCGAAGGUGAAAUAUUCCACUGGCAGACCUGUUACCGAGAAAGAUUACUGGUUUUACAAUUUCAAAUGUAGAGUAAAUAGCUAG